ACUUAAUUUUUAUGCAAAACCGAAAGUACACGUUUCUGAUCGCCAGGCCAUGGCGAUAUCAUGACAUUAAACUUGGUGAUUUAUUCUAGGCCUACCUUAUAUGGUUAUUGGAUGGAUCUAUUUUGCUUUUAACUGGGAGGAGAAUGUUUAAAAAAUAGUAAACCAAUCUACAUAAUUAGCACAAUUCGGGCAUCUGGACUUUACACCAUACUGAGGAUCUCAUUCUCAGUGAGACCGAGAAGGAGAAAAGGUUUUUUGUAGCAGAAAUAACGUAGAAGCGUGCGUGGGCUAUUGCUAAUGUUAUGAUAGUUGAAUUCCUGUUGAUAUUACAAAAUGGCGAAGCAAAUGUCUGAAAAGGCUUUAAAAGUGUCGCUUAGGAAAGAGUUCAAGGCCAGAAUAGCAACCAUUCCAAAAAUGAUCAAAGAGGCUCACUCCAGAAUAGUAGCAGAAAUGUUUCUAGAUCUUCCCAGUGUGAAGAAGAGCGAAAGUGUCAGUAUAUAUUUAAGCAGGGACGAUGAAGUGGAUACAACACACAUCAUCAAGACUUUGCUGCACCGAGGAAAACAGAUAUUUGUCCCUUAUUACAAGGGAGAAAACAUGAAAAUGGUUCCCUUGUAUUCCUGGCAGGAUUAUGAGAGGAUGCCGGAGACGUCAUGGAAAAUCAAGCAACCGGAGGAUGGAGAUAGGCGACCAGACGCCUUACAAUUAGGUGGACUGGACGUCAUGGCAUGUCCAGGGCUAGCUUUUAGUGAAAACUUUUUUCGCCUUGGAAGAGGAAAAGGAUACUAUGACAAGUAUAUAUACAAUUGUCACUGCCAGCAGUGUCAGCCUUUCCUGGUAGGUCUAGCAUUCAAUGAACAAAUGACCGGUACGAACCUCUCGCUCAGUGAAAGUGAUCAGCAGUUAUCGCUGAUUCUCUAUCCAGACUUUUACACCAACAGACGACACAACUCAGGUGAGACGAAGAGACAACUUAGACCCAUAUUUAGAUACACUUUUCCAGAUGACCCGUGAUAUGAAACUUUGACUUAUACUGUCUCUGCAGGCAUUGGGUAUUUUACAUUGUGUUUGAAAAAAUGUGGAAAUUUUACAAUAUGUGGUUUGUUACUUUUAAUGUUGAGGAAUAAUUUAAAUAACCCCUGAAUUUUUUAGUUCUGGAUUUUAAGUAUGAUUUUAAAAUAUGCAGGUAUGCCAAAACUAUUUAGUGCAGUUUUUUGUAAUAAUACUAUGAUAUAAAAUGAAAUAGCAUGUGUUAUCUAAAGUGUUGAUUCUAAAAACCAUAAUGUCAUCUUUGCUGCAAUAAAAUCUUAAUUUUGUUGAAA